CAAGGUCAAAUGCAUUUCUAGCAACCGUCGGUUGCCGAUGUGCAUAUCAUGAGGGGGGACAAUUAGCUGCGAAUGGUUUUCUUGAAUUUACCAAACUGAUCACGCUACCGUGGUCGCGUGAACUGUCCGCUGGUGGGCAGGCACGGUACUGCGUAAAUAAGAACGGUGUACUCCUCGUCUCGUUGACAUGUGACCGGUUUAAAGUUUCACGGUGACUUCUGUGCGCAACAAUAAUAAUUCGCUUCCCGCCCUCCUACUCGACCGCAGUUUCGAGGCUGCCGUGGUCUAGGUUAUGUUGUGUUUAUAUCAUAGUCUGUGCAAACAGAUUCUUAGUCUUACUCGAUACGUCGCGGAUAGCCUUCCGCGGAGUGGCUUCGGUACGGGCGCUGUAAUACGAAAUAUGAGAAAACGUACGAACGGAUCGUGCGUCGCAAGCCAAUUAAAGUACCAUUUAACAACGCUCCGCCACCAUAUUUCGUUGCUCUAAUUUAAUAUACGGGCCAAGGUUUGCACUUUUUCGGUAACUGCAUUCAAUAUAGAUAUAUUAAGGCAGGGUGAUGAACGUAGGGCUAUCCCCGUAUGAUGGUUUGGAGAAAGAGUCAACUUCUAAUAGCACGUUGGAAAAUGGAAGUGGCGCUACAAAGAAAUUGGCUAGAGGUAUAUCUAGAGCAACCGAAAAUGCAGCCAUUGUUUCUUAUGCUCGAUCACAGAUAGGAUCAUUAGAUACUCCAGAAUUUACAUUCUCUCUUCCUGAUCUAACUGUUUAUCCAGAUUCAUUUCGUCAAUUUUUGGAGAAAGAUCUGAUCGAGGGAGGAUGUUUGACUUCUUUGGAAGCUGCCGGUCGUUUGAAUUGGUGGUGCGGUGGUAAAAAUGGAAGUAACAGAGUCCUUUGGCCUUUAGCAACAUCUGGAGAUGGCAAUUGUCUUCUUCAUGCAGCAUCUCUAGGCAUGUGGGGUUUUCAUGACAGGCUUCUUACAUUGAGGGAAGCAUUGCAUAAUACUUUAGCCAAAGGAGAGUAUAGACAUGCUUUGUUUAGAAGAUGGAAAUGGAGGCAAAUGGAUUUAAAUGCUGCUGCAGGAUUAUCUUAUACAGAGGCAGAAUGGUUGACAGAAUGGCAAACCAUUGUAGAUAUGGCUUCUCCUCUUUUCAGAAACCAAACAGCAACUUCAUAUCAAAGUCUAGAAGAAGUACACGUGUUAGCUUUGGCUCAUGCUUUAAAGAGACCUAUUAUAGUUAUAGCAGAGACUAUGUUGAAGGAUGCAGAAGGUGUAGCUUUAGCCCCAAUUCCGUUUGGGGGUGUCUACCUCCCGUUAGAAGUACCUCCAUCUCGUUGUCAUAGAACUCCAUUGCUUUUAGCAUAUCAUUCUGCUCACUUCUCUCCCCUUGUUAUUGUCGACGGUUCGAGUGAUUUUGACGACCGUUGCAGCGAAGGCGUUAGCAUACCUUUAGUAGACCCAGACACAGGUCAAUUAUUACCCGUUUUAUUUGCGGUAGAUCCGGGACCUGACUGGGAUUGGCAUGAAGGGUCUCGUGACUUAACAUGCCGACAAGAUACGAUGGAAAUCUUAUUACGAGAGUACUUAGACUGUGAAUACCAAAAUUUUACUUCAGAAGAAAUUGAAAGAUUAACCGAUACUGAUGGUUCAUUAUCUAAAACAGCAAAACAAUUGCUGGGUGUUGCUAAACAGUUUGGAUCUAUCGGUAAAUCGGUUAGUAAAAAACUAUGGCCUACAACAAAGAGACCAAAGAGCCCGCCAGCAACGGUGGCUGGACUUCCGACCGAAGGUUUGUUAUGUAUAAGGAUUAGAAGUAGACGUCAUCAGUACGUGGAUCAAAUGCUUCAGAAUUAUCUUCAAUGUGCUCAUGCAAGAUACCUGCAGGAUCAUAAAGUUGACGAGACUGGUAGUGAAAUGAAUUACGGCGCUGGUAAAUCAAAAUUUUACACUGCCAGCGAUCGAGGAAGUCACGCGAGCGUUAACAAACUGUUGCCUACUAAUCCAAAUAAGGAUCGUACACUUUAUCUUUCGAGGUCUACCUUUUACAAAGACCAAACGUCAUCCGAGAAACCGGGGCCACAACGAUGGAACAGUAACAGUUUAGGGGCUAUUGUCAAAGAAUGUCGUAACGGACAAUGUCAAUUCUUCGGUUCGGCGGAGAAUGAUUACUAUUGUUCACAGUGUUGGGCUAAUCGGCGUUACCGUUGAGGAAUUUGACUCAGCGACACAUGACAAUAAUAACUCUUUAAUAUUAUCCGUAUGAAAUCGUCUAUAAUCAGAUUUAGACCUAACACUAGCCAUUUUAAACUGAAGAUGAAGAAAACUUGUUCGUCUUGUCAAAUAUUCUUCUUCCCCUGCUGUACUGAUUCAACUGUUUUUUUUUAUCAUCUAUGUAUGUUGUUUUUAAUCAUUGGUAUCGAUCACUUUAAAAAGCAUAUCAAAUGUACAGGGU